UGCGAUCUGCCUGUCUGGAACCAUCAACCAUGGCUUCUAAAGAAAUCCCCAUCCCGGGCCCCGCGGGGGGUGCCCCUCGUGGGCAAUGUCUUCGAUAUCGACGGGGAGCUCCCGUUGCGUUCUUUUAACAUGCUAGCAGACCAAUACGGAGAGAUCUUUCGCCUCACAACAUUUGGUAAAUCGAGGGUCUUUAUCAGCUCUCAGGAGCUGGUCAACGAAGCCUGCGACGAGUCGAGGUUUACCAAGGGAGUUCUUGCAGCUCUGCAGGAGAUCCGAGACGGCACCCACGACGGCUUGUUCACCGCUCAUUACCCGGAAGAAGAGAACUGGGCUGUCGCACAUCGUAUCUUAGUUCCGGCUUUCGGGCCUCUGAUGAUUCGAGAAAUGUUCGAUGACAUGUAUGAUAUCGCCAGCCAGCUGGCGAUGAAAUGGGCUCGCCAGGGCCCUGAUACUCCUAUCCAGGUCACGGACGACUUUACCCGGCUGACCCUCGAUACUAUUGCCUUGUGUUCCAUGGGGACGCGCUUCAACUCAUACUACCACGAUGAGAUGCACCCCUUCAUCGCGGCGAUGACGGGUUUCCUUGUUGGAUCAGGUCACAGAGCCCGAGUCCCAACUCUGCUCAAAAACCUGCCCACGAGUGAGAACACCAAGUUCUAUGCCAACAUUGACUACAUGCGGAAGCUGUCCCAAGAACUGAUCGAUGACCGCAAAAACCAUCCCCAGCCUGAGAAGAAGGAUCUGAUGAAUGCACUGCUGCUGGGUCGGGACCCUCAGACAGGAAAAGGGCUGUCUGACGAAUCCGUUAUCGAUAAUAUGAUCACCUUUCUUAUUGCGGGCCAUGAGACGACCUCCGGCAUGCUCUCGUUUCUUUUCUAUUAUCUCCUGAAGACGCCAUACGCCUACAAGAAAGCCCAAGAAGAGGUCGACACCGUCAUUGGACGACGCAAGAUCUCGGUGGACGAUAUGAGCAAGCUACCAUAUCUCACCGCGGUAAUGAGGGAGACGCUUCGAAUACAACCAUCAGUGACGAUUGUCGGAUUGCGGCCUCAUCCAACCAAGAACAAAGAAGACCCUGUGACCCUUGGCGGCAAAUACGUCCUCCACAGGGAUGAGACAAUCGCGAUUCUGAUCAACAAGCUCCACCAGGACCCCAAGGUCUACGGCGCUGAUGCGGACGAGUUCAAGCCAGAGCGCAUGCUGGACGAGCACUUCAACAAGCUGCCCAAGAAUAGCUGGAAGCCCUUUGGAAACGGAAUGCGCGGCUGUAUUGGACGGCCUUUUGCCUGGCAGGAGGCUUUGUUGACGACGGCGCUCUUAUUGCAAAACUUCAACUUCUCGUUGGCUAACCCCAGCUAUGACCUGCGCAUCAAGCAAACCCUCACCAUCAAGCCUAAAGAUUUCCAGAUGAAGGCGACUCUCCGCAACGGCCUCGACCCGACCAACCUGAAUCUCCAUCUGAGUAACACCAACGGGGCGGCCCAGGAGUCUAACAUCACCAGCCGAGACAAAAAGCCUAUGACUGUGGUGCCAGCUGGCAAACUUAAGCCCAUGUAUAUUUUCUACGGAAGUAACACGGGUACUUGUGAGGCAUUUGCGCAUAGAUUGGCGCAGGAUGCCCCGCAGAACGGUUUCGAGGCAAAGGUCACCUCCUUGGACUCGGCGUUGCAGAAUAUUCCCACAAAGGAUCCUGUGGUGUUUAUCACAGCCUCCUACGAAGGACAGCCGCCUGACAAUGCUGCCCACUUUUUCGAGUGGCUGAGUGAGCUCAAGGGCGACAGCCUAAAAGGUGUGGACUACGCUACAUUUGGCUGUGGUCACCAUGACUGGGCUUCCACGUUCCACCGUAUCCCUAAGCUCAUUGAUGAGCUGGUUGAAAGCAAUGGAGGACAUAGGCUCUGUAGUCUUGGCACCGCUAACGCUGCGGAGGGCGAUAUGUUCACGGCCUUCGAUAGCUGGGGUGAUUCUACGUUCUGGCCAGCUGUGACAGCCAAAUUCGGAGGCGAAAAGCAAGCCAAGCCAGGUCCAUCGCUGGAGGUUGAAGUCACGUCGGGCCGUGCAUCGAGUUUAGGUCUCAACCUGGAAGAAGCCUACGUGGUGGAUAACCAGCUUCUGACGGAGCCUAGUGUGCCCAUCAAGCGUUGUCUGCGGCUCAAGCUUCCAAGCGAUAUGACCUACCAAUGCGGAGACUACUUGGCCGUCCUACCUGUUAACCCUAGCGCUGUCACCCGCCGCGCAAUCAGCAGAUUUGAGCUCCCUUGGGACGCUGUACUUCGUAUAAAAAAGACAUCUACCAGCGGCGGUCUAUCGCCAACCAUCCCCCUCGACACUCCCAUCUCCGCUUUCGAGCUCCUUUCGACCUACGUCGAGCUCUCCCAGCCUGUUUCCAAGCGUGAUCUCCAUGCCCUGGCAGACGCGGCCAUUGAGAACGCCGACGUGCAAGCUGAGCUCCGCUACAUCGCCUCCAGCCCCAGCAAAUUCGCCUCCGAAAUCGUCCAGAAGCGGUCCGGCAAUACAGCAUCUCGUCGUCCCCCCUCGCCGACCCAACCGAAUGUAGCAUCACCUUCUCCGUGCUCAACGCUCCUCUCUCUCUCCGCCAAUGAAGAAACAGAGCGGUACCUCGGCGUCGCCUCGACAUUCCUUUCGCAACUGCAACCCGGGGAGCGCGUGCAGGUAACCGUGCGCCCCUCGCACUCCGGCUUCAAGCCACCGAUCGGUCUGCAGACACCCAUGAUCAUGGCCUGCGCAGGCAGUGGUCUCGCACCGUUCCGCGGCUUCGUUAUGGACCGCGCAGAAAAGAUCCGCGGCCGCCGCAGCUCUCUAUCCGGCGAUUCUCCGCAGGCAGAGCAGCCAGCCAAGGCAAUCCUCUACGCGGGUUGUAGGACGCAAGGCAAAGACGACAUCCACGCUGCCGAAUUCGCGGAGUGGGCGAAGAUCGGCGCCGUAGAUAUCCGGUGGGCAUACAGUCGCCCUGAAACCGGGCCUGGGCAACACGUGCAGGAUCGCAUGCAGGCUGAUAGUCUGGAAUUGAUCGAGUUGUUUGAACAGGGCGCUAACUUCUAUGUCUGUGGGAGUACGGGUGUGGGCGCUGCGGUGCGGGAGGCUAUCAAAGGGAUGUUUCUUGAGAAGCGGGCGGCGCGGACGAAGGAGAAGAUAGCUGCCGGGGAGGAACCUGAGAUUGAUCCGGGCCUUAGUGAUGAGGAGGCGGCUGACGUGUUCUUUGACAAGAUGAGGGCUAAGGAGCGGUAUGCUACUGACGUUUUUACUUAG